CCUGUGCCCCGCUCUCUACCUUUAAAUAGCCGAGCUCAGCGUCGACAAACAUCACAUUCAGACUCGAAACAAACUCAGAAAAUGAAGCUCACCUUGAUUGUCCUCCUCGUUGCCAGUGUUUUCGUCUCGGAGAUCCGCUCCGCUCCUUACGGUAAAAAGACAGCGGCUGCCGAAAGCAAUGAAAAUGAAGAAGCUGCAUCCGCAGAGGUAAACAAGGAAGAAUCUUCGAAAUCUUAUUCAGACAAAGGCGAAAAGGGCGAAAAGGCUUCUUAUUCCGACAAGGGCGACAAGGCUUCUUAUUCCGACAAGGCCUCUGAAACCUCUUAUUCCGCACCAGCAGUAGACACUUCUUAUUCAGCACCAGCUGAAGCACCAGCAGCCGAACCCGCUUACUCCGCACCGGCCGUCGAGGUUGCAGCCGUCGCUGAAGUUGUAGCUACUCCGGCCGUUGAAGCCGUUGCCGUUGUUGAAACAUCCGCCAUCGCCGCACCUGAAGCCGUUGCUGCCCCUGUUGCCGAAGCUGCCACCACUUACACAGCCACAGUUUACAGAGCCAAACGAUCGCCCACCGUUGGAGCUACCGCCGCAGCCGCCGCACCAGUUGUUGAUGUAACCGCCACUGCUGGCGCUGCUGUCGUGAGCGCUGGUUACACCGGCCGUGCCAGAUGCGUCCUCAACGUCUGCGUUCCAGAACCCAUUUCCGCUGAAGUCGUGUCCGCUGAAGUCGGAGUUGCCGCAGCCGCCGCUGCUGCCCCCGCUGUCGCUCCCGCCGUAGCUAAACGAUCACCCACCGUCGCCGCUGGCGCUACUGCCACCGCUGCCGCCGCACCUUUGAGCCUUACCCAAGGCGCUGCUGUUACUGGUUACACCGGAGGCGCCACUUGCGUCAACAAUGUUUGCGUUCCAGAGCCAAUUUCCGCUGAAGUUAUUUCCGCUGAAGUCGGAGUCACCGCCACCGCCGCCGCUUCAUCAGUUUCUGCCCCAGCUGCUGCCGCCGCCCGAUCGCCCACCGUUGCCGCUGCCGGAGCUACCACCGUCGCUGCCGCCGCGCCGUUGAGCCUCACCCAAGGCGCUGCUGCCACCGGUUACACCGGAGGUGCCACUUGCGUGAACGAUGUUUGCGUUCCAGAGCCAAUUUCCGCUGAAGUUUUGUCGGCCGAAGCCGGUGUAGCUGCCGCAGCGUCCGCUUCAGCAUCAGCCGCUGCCCCAGCAGCCGUCAUCAAGCGAGCGGACACAGUUCCAGUUGCAGUGUCUGCUGCUCUUUACUAUUAAAAAAAAGAUGCAUUUUAAUGAAAGGUUUGUCUUAAUUUCAAAGUAUUAGGAUUUUUAUAGCAAUGGUGGUGUAACUCGAGUGCAUCAUCGACAUACUUCCUUACCGUGUUUGUCUUAAUGGAGAUUCAAAAUAUUAAUAUAUAAUAAUCGAAAAUACUUUUAUUACCGAACAAUUCAUCUGGCAUUCAGAAAGAAUACACGUUUUCGGCUCCAA